CACACUGAGACUGAAGACAGGAAUCAUACGCUGACAAACUGCAGCUUUCACCCAAGGGACCUCCUACUGGCACCUGCAAUCUCACCCCCAGAACAGCAGAAGGUGGGACCAUGAAGACUGUGGUGGCUCUGCUUCUGCUCUGUCUGUGUGAUCCUGGGCAGAGUGACUGCCAGGCAGACUGCCUGUCCUGCAACAACAUCCUGCCCAAACAGCUCAGUUUUAACACUAUGGUGUGUCUCAUUGACUGCGAAGGCAACAUUUCCCCAUCCUCCUCCUGGGACUUGUGUCGUGCAGCGCUGGCGUCACCCAUUUCGUCCCCUGGUGGUACCAUGUGGAAACGAUCUCAGGAGGAGGUUGAGGGCCUGUUUCCUGGGGAGGAAGAGCAGAUGAAAGGACGCUUGUUGCUUCCUAUUGCACUGCAGAGGUUUGAUCAUGUGACCAAUGGACUCAGUGUAGAGGGGAGGGAUCUGGGUGGGAAGGGCCGUCAGCCCAACACUGCCUAUAAUUCCCAGAAUUCAAUGUCCCUUGAGGAUGAGUACGAGGAGGAGGAGGAAGGGGAGGAAGGCGGGGAUGCUGAUGUGGCAGCAAGAGGGCAGGGAGACGCAGCACUGAUUUCUAAACGGUUUGGUGGCUUUGUCAAAGGCAGGCACGGCUACAGGAGACUUAUGUCUCCAGGGAGAUCGUACCAGAAGAGGUAUGGUGGCUUCAUCGGGAUUCGGAAGUCAGCCCGCAAGUGGAACAACCAAAAACGUUUCAGCGAGUUCCUGAAGCAGUAUCUGGGGAUGAGCUCUCGGGCCACUGAGUUCAAUAGCGUCUCAGAAGACCUCACUCAGCAGAAUGAGGUCUGAAGUCUUCACUGAUUUGUUUUGUAUUCCAGUCGCCAACAUGUUCAAGUUUGUCUGACAUCAUCAAACCUAUUGAAUCUCAGUAACUUAACCAAAAAUGAAGCCCAUAAUUGAAGACUCCUGUUGGAGUCCUUGAUGUACAGAGAUAUAUGAAGUGCUGAUUCUGUUUUCCCAUUCUUUGUAUUUCUAUUAUUAAACUCUCCUUUGAAUUCUCAUCAAGUUUGAUCCUCCAGUGGAGGCAUUAGAAAGUUUGGCCCUCUGAAACUGUAUGCACGCUGGUAUUUUCCCCAGUCUGUCUCUGGAAACACUGACUUUUUCAGACUUCCUAUUGUGCUCCCCUUAUCGAAUGUACCAGUUUCGUUUGAUUGGCAUUUAAAAUUCUUGGUAGUCCUGCAGUGAUUUGCAUUAAAAUUCAGGAUUUAUUUUACUGUUUAAUGCAAUCUGGCACAUAAAUUAACAACAAAGGUGGCAUAAUCCUUGGUUUUCUGCCACCAGGUAUCAUAUUAUUAUUUUUCCCUUGAAUUUCAGCACUAUUUCAGUCAUGCCUAAAAACUGUACAUGUAUCCUCAAUGUUGCAGGUAUGUAAGUUCCUCUCUCUUACAUAUGCCACCAUCUUAGGGCAGAGUGCAAAGGUCAGUCUCUGUAAAAAAACAAUACCAGUGGUUUUUUUUUUUUUUUGUUUUUAAUGCCUUGGCAUUAUGGUUUGGGUAAUAUCAGCAGUAAUGUAAAGUAUACUGUAUGUGACUUGUGGAAAAUAAAUGGAAAAAAUGCA